AGAAUUUUAAUGCACUUUGCAUUUGUUAAGUAUCUAACCCUUUAAAAGAUCAGUGAGAACUAAUGUACUACCUGCUUUAACAACCAAUUCUAUGUUUUGCCUGCAAAAUAUCUAUUUCAUAUGAUUCUUGGAGUAAGCAGCAAGUGGUUCCCUUAAUAGCUGUAACCAACUGAUUGUUGUUGUGGAGACAAGUUGUGUUUUCUUUACAGUAUGGAUUGCAUUCUUAAAUAUUAUUUGAAUCAGCUUCACCUUCAAAGAGCUAGGUAUUUCUGUGCUGGUGCUGUUACAGUGAUAACAUGCAACGUUUGUUCUACAGGUUAUGAGAAGUCUGUUAACUUUAAUUGUAGCAUUUCUUUCACUGAUCUCAAACUCAGACUAAAUCCAGGUCAGAAGUACCGGGAAUUUUAGACCAGAAGACGGCUGUCUUCUAUGUUAUACAGUGCAGACUGGUAGAGGUUUUUGAAAUUUCAGAGGUCCUUGCUGCCCCCAUCAAGAGGGUGAUAUGAAACUUAUACCAGACUACAUGGUGCAAUAACUCAGAAGACAGCCAUCCUAACACUUGCUGCCAUGAAAACCUUAAAUUGUACUUGAUUUUAGACCAUUUCAUGUUUUUGAGGUGCCAGUUUUGAAUCUUGACCAAAAUCCAGCUGCAUUGGCUUCUUUUUGUUUUUUUCUCUCCCCAGUGAAUGCUACGGUAGGUACAGAUAUAUAUAUAUUGAUUGAUUAUUGGUAUAGAAAAUAUGUGCUCUUGUACAUAAUGGGUUAUGCCUCUGCAUGUAUUUUGAUUUAAUGGUGAUUAUGGCAUGAAUCCAUUCAAUAACUUCUACUCUAUAUACAGGGAGUUGAUUCAUUGCAAUUCUUUGCCAUACACAUUACAACAACACAGAAAAAUGUGAUAUUUAUCAAUACCACAAGGUGAUUGUGACUUUUACUGGACAUAGUCACUUAAACCUUCCCUAACCUUAAAUCCCACAGUACUGGGAAUAGUAGGUAAUUCAAGUAAUCCUGUAUCAGUUACAUUUUGAUAAUUUCGUUUAUGGCACAAUAAAACUUGUUUUACUCAGUAGCGAAGUGCUGGAUCAGUGAAAACUAUAGAAAAUUCUAUUCUGGCCAGAAUACGAAGUUGACGACCCGUCAUUAUUCGAAGGUAAAUGUGGGAUAUUUGUAGCAGUAGCAUGUUGGUAUUACCAGUGAGUACUCGUGUUCUAUUUACGCACCAGAGUGCAUGCCAUUUGCGGUUAUGUUGGGUUAGUUGUUUUUCAGUUGUGAAUUUUUAAAUUAUUUGUCUAGUCCUGACAAGAUCAAUUUUUUAUCUCCUAUAUUUAAUAUUUGAUAUACUUUAGAGUAUAAUAUUCAAUGGGAGAAAGAGGCGAGCGGCAGUUUAAAUUACUUCCCAAAAUUAUUAAUGGCGGUAUUGCAGGAAUCAUCGGAGUAUCGUGUGUGUUCCCGCUGGAUCUAGUGAAGACACGGCUGCAGAAUCAGCAGAUUGGACAAAAUGGCGAGCGUCAGUAUCGUUCAAUGUUGGACUGCUUCCGGAAGACAUACAGAGCUGAAGGAUACUUUGGAAUGUAUCGAGGUUCUGCUGUCAACAUUGUGCUGAUUACUCCAGAGAAAGCUAUCAAACUUGCUGCCAACGACUUCUUCAGACAUCACCUCAGCACACCGGGCGGAGGCCUGCCUCUGGGACGGGAGAUGGCUGCUGGUGGAUUGGCAGGCCUGUGCCAAAUAAUCAUUACCACACCAAUGGAACUUCUCAAAAUUCAGUUACAGGAUGCAGGACGUGUGGUCUCCAAACAGGGUGGCGUGGUUGUACCCCGGCAGACAGCGCUGGGAAUCACACUGGAAUUGCUGCGCACAAAGGGCAUCUUGGGGUUAUACAAAGGGGUUGGUGCUACUGCAUUCCGUGAUGUCAGCUUCUCAAUAGUGUACUUCCCUCUGUUUGCCCACCUUAAUGCGCUUGGUCCCAGGAAGAAGGAUGGAUCAGGAGAAGCUGUGUUCUGGUGCUCCCUGCUGGCUGGCAUUGGAGCAGGUGCUACUUCAGCAUUUGUAGUGAACCCAUUUGAUGUAGUAAAAACACGACUGCAGCUAUUGAAGCGGGCAGAGGGUGAGGUUGCAUAUAAGGGCAUCACUGAUGCCUUCAUCUCCCUUCUCAAGAAUGAGGGGCCAACAGUGUUCUUCCGAGGUGCAGCCUGCCGUAUGAUUGUGAUUGCUCCCCUCUUUGGCAUUGCACAGAUGGUUUACUUCCUUGGCGUAGCGGAAAAACUCAUGGGUAUGAACGAGUCUUAAAACAAUUACUUCUUAUCUUCCUCUCUAAGGCUUCGAGCUGCAACGAAGACAAUAAGCCCUUCCUUCCCUUGCCUGUAUGUUCCUAGACAUGUCUAUGUGAUAGUCGUAACUAAAUAUCAGUAUAACUAUGGCAAUUUUUAGCUUGUGUUAUCAGAUGUUUUGUAUAUAGUGCACUCUCUUCAUACAUGUACUCACAAAAUGUGCAGAUGAGUAUAUGAAUCACUGUAUAAAUGAAUACAGGAGUUACCGUAUGGCAUCCUGUAAACAAAACAAAGUUUUUGAGGGCCUUAUUGUGUUUGAAUGCUCACAGGCAUUUUAAAUGUGACUGGUCAUUGUGGAAAGUAAUGUUAAUGCAAGCUGGUGAUAGAUAUGUAGCAGCUAUCACAUUUCUUGUGCUCUUAGGGCUGAGUAUUUUCUGUGUAAAUUGUAUUAAUGCUUCCUCUUGAGCUGUUGUUAUCUCUGGCAGUGCAGGCUGCAGUCUAUCCUGUCAGAGGUCAAAUACCAAUGCAAUUAUCAAGGGUUUUCUCUUUGCCACCUUGUCCAGAAUUUUUCUUAACCUCAGGUGAAGCUCCUGUCCAUCAGUUCUGCCUGUUAAAUUUCCAUGGUUGAUGUGUUUUAUUCUGUACUCUUGAAUUACAGUUUUAUAACUAUCUUUAACCUGUUUAGAUGAGGAAGAAUAAUUUGGUAAUGUUACAUGUUUAAACUGGCUGUAUAGUGCCUCAUGUGAUGAGACGCUGGCUUUUCACAUCAAAGG